AUGCCACACCACAUGCCACACGUCAUGCCACACCACAUGCCACACGUCAUGCCACACCACAUGCCACACCACAUGGCACACCACAUGACAUACGUCAUGCCACACCACAUGCCACACCACAUGGCACACAACAUGCCAUACGUCAUGCCACACCACAUGCCACACGUCAUGCCACACCACAUGCCACACCACAUGCAACACGUCAUGCCACACCACAUGCCACACGUCAUGCCACACCACAUGCCACACCACAUGGCACACAACAUGCCAUACGUCAUGCCACACCACAUGCCACACGUCAUGCCACACCACAUGCCACACCACAUGCCACACCACAUGCCACACGUCAUGCCACACCACAUGCCACACGUCAUGCCACACAACAUGCCACACCACAUGCCAUACGUCAUGCCACACGUCAUGCCACACGUCAUGCCACACGUCAUGCCACACCACAUGCCACACCACAUGCCACAAAUCAUGCCACAUGUCAUGCCACACGUCAUGCCACACCACAUGCCAUACGUCAUGCCACACGUCAUGCCACACCACAUGCCACAAAUCAUGCCACACGUCAUGCCACACAUCAUGCCAUACGUCAUGCCACACAUCAUGCCAUACGUCAUGCCACACAUCAUGCCAUACGUCAUGCCACACGUCGAGCCACACAUCAUGCCACAAAUCAUGCCACACCACAUGCCACAUAGAACCCUCCUCCAGCAAGCUGUGGUCCAUCUGUGGUAA